GCUGAUCGCUUUGAAAACUACUCCAUGAAGUUGUUAUUUUAAUUUAUUUCAUUUUAAUUAAUUUAUAAUUAAAACCCGGUAAUAUUAUACAACAGUUUACGAUAAUAAACUCGGUAUCGGUGUGAGAAAACGCGUCGCGAGUGUUGUUUGUAGGAAAGUUUUCUCAUGGCAGGACUUACAGUAUCCGCCGGUCGGAGCGCCAUGUUCGAACGCAACCAAAAGACCAUCUUCGUGUUGGACCACACGCGCUACUUCAGUAUCGCCAGCGAGGAAUACAUCUCCAUGGACUUCCUUAAGGGAAAGCCGACGGAUGCCGGCGGAUCGGGAGUGGCGGGCGGAACGGGAGGCACUGGAGCUCAGUUUAGCAAGAGCCUGUGGACAUGUGCCUGCGAGUCAUCCAUCGAGUAUUGCCGGGUGGUCUGGGACCUUUUUCCUGGCAGGAAGCACGUGCGCUUCAUCGUCUCGGACACGGCAGCGCACAUCGUGAACACCUGGAGCCCCAGCACUCAAAACAUGUCGCACGUGAUGAACGCCAUGGUGAUGGUGGGCGUGCCGUCGCGCAGUAUGCCUCAGUCAUCCGACUACUCGGUCAUACACGGCCUGCGAGCCGCCAUCGAGGCGCUGGCAGAGCCCACGGACGAGCAGAUGGCUGCCCUGGCUGGCGGCCGACCUGAGGACCUGCCACGCAUACCCAACGAGGGACGCGUCAUCUGUAUUACGUCGGCACGUGACAAUACGAGCAUGAAGAGCCUGGAGGACAUUUUCAACACGGUGCUGUUGCAACAGAACGCUCUGGCGGCGGCGCCUUCCAAGAAGGGUCUGGCCAUUGACCACUGCCAUCUGGUCAUCCUUAACAUUGUGCCGCUGGGCGUCGAGUCGCUGGUGACUAACCGCAGCCUGCUCAAGAUCUCGCCGCUGCUGGAUGUGGAAAUACACACGGUCAGUGCACCGAAUAUUUCCUACAAGCUGACGCACCUUAUUCUAGACCACUACGACUUGGCGAGCACAACGGUGACCAACAUACCGAUGAAGGAGGAACAGAAUGCCAACUCCAGUGCCAACUAUGACGUGGAAAUUCUGCACAGCCGGCAAGCCCAUUCGGUAACCUGUGGCUCCGACUUCAGCCUGCCAACGAGCAUUAAACAGGGCGCCACCUACGAGACGGUGACUCUCAAGUGGUGCACUCCGCGUGGUUGUGGCUCUGCCGAUCUGCAGCCGUGCCUGGGCCAGUUUCUGGUGACGCCCGUGGACGUGACAUCGCGUCCCAGCUCCUGUUUGAUCAAUUUCCUGCUCAACGGACGAUCCGUGCUGUUGGAAAUGCCGCGCAAAACUGGCUCCAAGACCACCAGUCACAUGCUCUCCGCCCGUGGCGGUGAAAUCUUUGUCCAUUCGUUGUGCAUCACACGCUCCUGCAUGGAUGAGGCACCGGCGAUAUGUGACGGGCCCGGUGGACGGGUGCCUGACUAUCGCAUUGCAGAGCUUGGCCAGCUGCUCAAGAUGUCGCGCAUGCUGCCACUGAAGGCGAAAGAUCCGGGCGCUCCCAACUUGUCGCGCCGUCUGCCCCGCUACUUCCCGCUUAGUACUAGCUCAACGAUUCUGUUUCACCUGCAGCGACAGAUAAGCUGGUUGCCGCACUUCCUGCACCUGGUUGUCAAGGAGGACAUGGACAAACAGGAGGAGGUUCGCUGCCAGCAGCAUAUCCACGAGCUCUAUAAGAGUGCCUCGCGUGGCGACGUCCUGCCCUUCACACACACCAAUGGCGCCAGAUUGAAGGUAUCCAAGGCCAAGGAACAGUAUCGCUUGUUGUACAGGGAACUGGAGCAACUCAUUCAGCUGAACGCCACAACAGUGCACCACAAGAACCUACUGGAGAGUCUGCAGAGCCUGCGUGCUGCCUAUGGCGAUGGGCCGCUUAAAUCGGAUUCGGGUUCCAGCCUUCUACGCUCCUACACGGAAUCACCGCUCUCGCCUGAGCGGUUGGAGCCCAUCAGUAGCGGCAGUACCAGUGGCAGCUCCAACUCCAAUAGCCUGCUCAAGGCCAGCAAGAGACGCAUGUCCAGCAGUGGACAAAGAUCCCUGCUGGACAUCAUCUCCUCAGCGGAGCGGAGUCAAUCCAACAAACGCUUGGACUUCUCAGGUCGUCUGUGCACGCCUAUGGGCCAAGUGGCCAAAUUAUAUCCGGACUUUGGCAACAACAAGGAAAAGGACUCUUUAACGACGGCGGGCAAUGCAGGGCCAAAUGUUAAAGAGGACUCUAUACGGAUUUAAGUUGAAUUCGGAAAGAAAGAAGAGUUCAAUUCUUGAUGUUUUGUGUUGGACUCAAGUAUUUUUCUGUGAGUUUUUAAGUUUGGACCAUUAUCCAAUUGAUUUAAUCCCAACAAAUGGACUUAAAAGCUAAGAUAAGUUAUAUUUUUUAAUUGCUAUUGCUUAUUAUUCCUUAUUGUGAACUGCCUCAAGCUGAAUUCGCUUUUGAUUCAAACUGCAUGUUUUAAACUAAGCUAGUUUUUUACUUUUGUCUACCAUUUAGUGAUUAUUUUGAAUUAUUUCUGGCCUUUUGCUAUUUUUAACUAUUAAUUGUAUCAUAGUUAAGAGAAAGAUGUGAAUUUUAGAUUAAUUAAUU